GACCCCCCCCCCCGUGAUGGAUUUCCUGCGGCGCCGCCUCUCGGACGGGAAUUUCCUGGCGGGGGGGGGGGAUGGGUGGAGACCCCCCCUCAGCUGGGGGAGGGGCGGGGAGACCCCCCCGGACCCCUCCCCCCACAGCGCCGCUGCUGCUCGUGAUCGCCCCCCCCGGCACGGACUGGGUGAAACCCUUCAAGGGCAAAUCCGUGCACGGGGACGUGGAGCUGAGGGUGGAGCAGGCCCAGUUCUCGGAGCUCUCCUUGGCCGCCUCCACCCACGGCGCCCUCCUUUAGCAGCGUCAGCAUCGACCCCCCCCCCGGGGGGGCUCCAGGAAGGUGCGCCCCGAUUUUGUGCUGGUGCGGGAGGAGCCCGAGGGGGGGGCGGGGGGCGCCCCCCGGCGGCUCCUGGUGGGAUUGCACCUGGGGGGGGUCCCGGGCAGCGACCCCCUGCCCACCCUGUACGGCUUCAGCCACGCCCCCUGCCUGGUUCUCCCCCCAGGGUGAAACCCUUCAAGGGCAAAUCCGUGCACGGGGACGUGGAGCUGAGGGUGGAGCAGGCCCAGUUCUCGGAGCUCUCCUUGGCCGCCUCCACCCACGGCGCCCUCAGCGUCAGCAUCGACCCCCCCCCGGGGGGGCUCCAGGUGCGCCCCGAUUUUGUGCUGGUGCGGGAGGAGCCCGAGGGGGGGGCGGGGGGCGCCCCCCGGCGGCUCCUGGUGGGAUUGCACCUGGGGGGGGUCCCGGGCAGCGACCCCCUGCCCACCCUGUACGGCUUCAGCCACGCCCCCUGCCUGUUGCUCCCAGUUUGCCCAGUUGGCUCGGCUGCAGCGGGAACUGGGCCAUGA